CUCCAGUGAUCCACUGUAGCUGGUGUUAUUGGGCAAAGGGGAGAGGAGGCAGGGCCUGAGGACUUUUUGCAAACUAGGGGAAUCCGGCACAGGAGGAAGGCGAUCCAGUGGUCCAGGUGGAGGCUGUUUGGAGAGGAAGGAAGGAUGAGGGGAGAGCCGGAAUCCGUUGGUCGAGAAGCAAGAGAAGGCCCUGAUGCCAUCGAGGCUGGGAGCAGAAGGGACAUGGUGGAAGGAACCAUGCAGAAGAGCCUGGGAGAGGAUUUUCUCCCUUCAGAUGGGCAGUGCCAGCAAUUCAGGCACUUCCACUACCUGGAAAUGGAAGGGCCCCGAGAGGCUUGCAGCCGACUGCACCAUCUUUGCCAGCAGUGGCUGAAGCCAGAAAGGCACAGCAAGAAGGAGAUCCUGGACCUGGUGGUCUUGGAGCAAUUCCUGGCCAUCCUGCCCCUCGAGAUGGAGAGCUGGGUCAGGGAAUGCAGGCCGGAGACCAGUUCCCAGGCGGUGGCCUUGGCAGAAGGCUUCCUCCUGAGCCAGGCAGAUGCCAAGAAUCAAGAGCAGCAGGUACAGAAAAACAUUUUGCAGGAGCAUUACCACGGAGGAACUUUUCUGGGCGAGGCCUUGAAACCAAUGAUGUAUCCUUUCCCAUCUCUUUGCGGCAAAGAGAAAGCAGCUCCCCUAUGGUCAGAUGGGACUAUGGUAACCUUUGAGGAGGUGUCUGUGCAUUUCACUGAGGAGGAGUGGGCUUUGCUGGAUCCGGGCCAAAGAAGCCUUCACAAGGAAGUCAUGGAGGACAAUUAUCAAGCUGUGGCCUCUCUGGGAGGACUUCUGGUUGCCAGACCUGACUGUCUUUCCAUGCUGCAAGGAAAAGGAAACCUGGUUUUGCAGGACUCAGAAGAAAGAGAAAGAUCAGCUGCUGAUAGUCCACAGAAACGGCCUGAGAAAGAACCACAUCAUCUCCAAUUGGAAAGAGAACAGCAAAGAAGGAGGAGUAGAACAAAAUGGAAGAGGAGGAAUGAAUCAUCUGCUUCACAGGGUGCUGAAUCCCAGGACAUCCUGCCAUACCGUGGAAGAAUCACUUGCCCCAUGUGCAGAAAAGAAUUCCUUUACCAAUCAGUGUUUGAUAUACAUUGGAGAAAGCACACAGGGAAUAAACCACAUCUGUGUGUGGACCGUGGAAAGAGCUUUGCUCAGAGUACAGAGCUUACUGUCCAUCAACUUAGCCAGACAGCUGAGAAACCAUUUAACUGUGUGGACUGUGGAAAGGGCUUCAUUCAGAGUGGACAGCUUACUGUCCAUCGCCGUAUACACACUGGGGAGAAACCAUUCAAAUGUGUGGACUGUGGAAAGAGCUUUGCUCGGAAUCCAGAGCUUACUGUUCAUCGACGUAUCCACACAGGGGAGAAACCAUAUAAGUGUGAGGACUGUGGAAAGAGCUUUGUUCGCGGUACAGCACUUACUGUACAUCGACGUAUCCAUUCAGGGGAGAAACCUUUUACAUGUGAGGACUGUGGAAAGAGCUUUACUCAGAGCCCAACCCUUACUGCCCAUCAACGUAUCCAUACAGGGGAGAAACUAUAUAAAUGUGUUGACUGUGGAAAGAGCUUUACUUGGAGUUCAAGCCUUAUUGUCCAUCAACGUAUCCAUACAGGGGAGAAACCAUAUAAGUGUGUGGACUGUGGAAAGAGCUUUGCUGAUAGUACAUAUUUUACUGUCCAUCGACGUAUCCAUUCAGGGGAGAAACCUUUUAAAUGCAUGGACUGUGGAAAGAACUUUGCUCGAAGUACAGAUUUUAACAUCCAUCGGCUUAUUCAUUCAGGAGAGAAACCCCAUCAAUGUGAGGACUGUGGAAAGAGUUUUGCUCAUAGUACCCAUCUAACUCACCAUCGACGUAUCCAUACAGGGGAGAAACUAUAUAAAUGUGUGGACUGUGGAAAGAGCUUUGUUCAUAGUGCAUAUCUUCCUGGCCAUCAACGUAUGCAUACAGGGGAGAAACCGUAUAAAUGUGUAGACUGUGGAAAGAGUUUUACUCAGAAUGCACAGCUUACUGCCCAUCAACGUAUACAUUCAGGGGAGAAACCAUUUGAAUGUGUUGACUGUGGAAAGAGCUUUACUUGGAGUUCAAGCCUUAUUGUCCAUCGACGUAUGCAUACUGGGGAGAAACCAUAUAAGUGUGAGGACUGUGGAAAGAGCUUUCUUCAGAGUGGAGAUCUUAAUGCCCAUCGACGUAUCCACUCAGGGGAGAAACCAUUUAAAUGUGUGGACUGUGGAAAGUGCUUUACUUGGCGUGCACAGCUUACUGUCCAUCGACAUAUCCAUACAGGGUAGAAACCAUAUAAGUGUGAGGGCUGUGGAAAGAGCUUUGAUUAGAGUACAGGUUUUAAGGUCCAUCAAUGUAUACAUAUAAAUCUGUGGACAUACAUAUAAAUCUGUGGACUGUGGAAAGAGCUUGUUCAGAGUGCAUACCUUGCUGUCCAUCAAUGUAUCCAUAUAGGGGAGAAACCAUAUAGGUGUGAGGGCUGUGGAAAGCUUUGCUCGGAGGAUGCAGCUUACUGCCAAUCAGUGACUCCAUACAGGGGAGAAAUGAUAUUGUGCAGAGUGUGCAAAGAGCUUUGCUCAGACUUUGGGUCUUAUUGUCUAUUGAUGAGUCCACACUGCAGAGAAUCCAUACAUAUACCAAGUGUGUGGACAAAUCUGAUAUCUAAAGAGUUAUGCUGUUUCUUAUCAAAAUAUUCAUACGAGAGAAAAUAAUCUUUUGAGUUUGUGUGCAGUGCAACUUUCUUUUAAGUUGGGUGUGUGUGAGAGGGACACAUUUUAUUUUUCUUUUAAGCUGGAAAUUUUUAAAAUCACUUUGUAAACCAUGUUGAUCUAUGUGGAAAAGGUGGGUUAUAAAUGCUUUAAUAAAUAAAUUAUUAAAUCCGAAUAUAUAAUUGAGUAAGCUUGUUUCAGACAACUCACUUUAUACCCUGGUGCACCACCAGAGGGCGCUGCCAUGGAGGGAAGCCCAGGCAAGGCAUCAUGUCCCUCCAGAAAAUAUGCCAUGGCAGGAAGGCCAGGAUGGG